AUGGCUGCUGUUGCAGCGAACAGCAAUCUUCCGAGAAGAAUAAUCAAGGAAACUCAACGACUGUUGAGCGAGCCUGCUCCGGGUAUCAGUGCAUCACCUUCGGAAGAAAACCUUCGUUAUUUCAAUGUGAUGAUAUUGGGGCCGUCUCAGUCUCCUUAUGAGGGUGGAAUCUUCAAGCUCGAGUUGUUCCUACCCGAAGAGUAUCCUAUGGCCCCUCCGAAGGUUCGUUUUCUCACAAGAAUCUACCAUCCAAAUAUCGAUAAGCUUGGCCGCAUCUGCUUGGAUAUUUUGAAGGACAAGUGGAGUCCAGCUCUUCAGAUUCGAACAGUUCUGUUAAGUAUCCAGGCUCUGCUGAGUGCCCCAAACCCUGAUGAUCCGCUGGCUGACAAUGUUGCUAAGCACUGGAAGUCAAACGAAGCAGAGGCAGUUGCAACAGCUAAGGAAUGGACACAAUUGUAUGCCACGGGAGCCUGA